UUUACACCGGAAGUAAUAAUUGUAAACACUGCUUGCACUUGGAGGUGAGAGGACCACCAAAUGGUAGAUUAAAAUGUCAAAAAAUGCGAGAAUAGCGUUGAUAUUUGGGGGCUUUCUAACAGCAAUUGCCGCCGCGUUUUACCCGAUAUUUGUCUACCCAAUGGCGCAUAACCAUGUGUACAGAGAUGUUCAGAAGACGAACCGGGCAGGAGUCAACCAGGCAGACAUUCAACCCGCGGGUAUGAAGGUUUGGUCCGAUCCAUUCAAGCCUGCAGGGAAAUGACGACCAGUGGCAUCUAACCCAUUCCAUGGACACUGAUGCUGAUGUUGAACAGAGAACGCCUGUUUGUUGAGUGCUUGGUGUGCGAAUGAAUGAUUUCCAGAGUGUGUUUAUUUCUGGUUGUGACUCCUUAAAUCCUAUGAAUAAAGUUGAAUUAUAACAGAAA